AUGGGACCCACACGACGAUCUCCGAACCUCAUCGAGUAUGUCUGGCCUUGUGGCCACCACGACAAUGUUUUGGUGGAAAAGGCACCGGGUAUCUCUUUUGUGAGAGGGGACUUUUCACUUCCUAUCGCCAAAUCACCAGAGGAGUUUACAGAAGAAGAGAGGAAGGGCGUGCCCGGGCGGCGGAAAUGCUGCAGGUGCUGGGCAUCGAGCAGUUUGUUCAAGCCGCUCGAGGUGUGCGGGGAGUGUGAUCAUGCCUUUGCCGACUGCUCAAACUGCAUGAUUGUGAACUCUUCUGGGUCACGGGAGAUUGCCACCAGCGACAAGAGGGUUGUGGGAGAGUUUGAUCAGACUCCCGAGGCGUGGAGGUGUGGGGAGUGUGAGGCCAUUAAUGCUUUUGAUGAUGAUGGGGCUUUUAAUGGGUUUUUGGCGCCAAAGGUGGCGGAUUAUGCGGAGGACACAGCCUGCAAGAAGUGUAAUGCUCCGUUCAGCGAGGAGAAUUGGGUAAUUAGCCCGUUUAGCAUUUAUCUUGGCACGUGGAAUGGGAGGAAGGUUGCUGAGGGAGGGCCGUGGCAUUGGAAUUUGGAGUGGCACCGGGACAGGGUUGGGAAAGAUCACAAAAAGGAGGACUGCUACGGGCCGAGGAAGAAUGGGAGGCGGAGACGGGAAAAUCCAUGCAUCAAGAAGGAUUUCACCGUCGAGGCACCAAAAAAGAAUGAGGUUGUUCCAGUCCCCGUCGCUGUUCCAUCGGAGCCGGAACAGACAGAGCCAUCAAUCCUGUCUACACCAUCAGACUCGCCAUCACCAUUACCGCAACCGCCAGUCGAUGAGCCUCCAGGAGAAGACCAACCCCCGGCAUCCCCACAACUAGAGGUCGAAGGUGACGAACCACUAGACUCACCUGGCUUCACGAUCGGGGACUACGGCGAUGAUGGCAUUCCAGAGGACCACCCACUGUAUCAAGAGCGACAUCUUUCCAACCCAUACGAUGAUCAAACAACAGCUGAUCUCGGCUCAUACUACAACCCUCCACCGACUAUCCCGUACGGCGAAGACGAAGAAGAUGGGCAGACACUUGAUGACUACUACCAAGAAAACCCGCCAUUGGAAGAUGAGCCUGAUUUCGAGCCAGAGAGUCUCGAAGGUCAACCACGGUUCGAGUUUGUCGUUUCUGGACCGCAGGAACAUGCUGCCAAUGAAGAGAAUGACGAUCCCCAGUCAGGCGAUAUUACCUCAGGAGCGGAUGAUGCGGAAGAGAAAGGUAUUGAGUCUGAUGAGCUCGACCUAGGAGAUGUUGGCCUUGAAGUCUCUACUGGUGAUCAAUCCGUCGCUGGUGAUGAAUCGGCAUCCUUGCAAGAUGAAGAGGCUGGUUUGGACCAAGAAAUGCCCGUUGAGGAUAACCUUGACGAAAAUGAAGAGCAUGAUGGCCAAGAACAGGUUUCUGAUGGCGAGGGUGUUGAGUCAGAGCUGGAUGAAGAGGUUGAUCGGGAGCAGGUGGACCAAGACGAGGCUCAGCAGGACGACCAGCACGAGCAAAUUGAGCAAGAUGGCGAUCAAGACGAGGAGGUUGAACAGAAAGAGUUUGAUCACGGCGAGGUCCAUGAAGACGAGGAUAUCGCAGUCAACGACGAUUUCAUCUCCCAGCCUCAAACCCCCAUCAUUAAAGAUGCAUCAAAUGACGAAGAGACUCGGGCCGAUGUCGACCAGGCACUGGACUGCCCUCUUCCUUCAACGGAACCAGAGGACUUGGUUCAGGACGACGACGAUGCCGUCGAUUCUCAGAGCAUCCCGGAAGAUGAAGAAACCCAAGAGCUCGCCGAUGCCGAGACCCUUUCCGCGCACCAAGAACAUGACGCCGCCGACGAUGACCUCGCCCAGGAGCACAUCUCCGACUCUGAGCAGUAUGACCAAGCUUCCGAGGAUGGAAGCUUCCAAGACAUCAACCAGGAUGAGGUAAUCUCUGACAACUUUGAGGAGGCGGAAUACAGCUUGAAAGAUCCCGAGUCCUCUGAUGGGAAUGGAGAGCGCCCCAUGGGGACCGACUAUGAGGAUUUUCAGCCUGGCCAGGACGAGGUCAAUGAUGAUAGGCUUUACGAGCAGGAUUCCCCUGAGGAGGAUUUCUCUCGCAAGGACCGACAGGAAAGCGAAUACGUCGCCGAGGAUGAGGAGACGAACGUAGAGGUGGAUCGGUCUCCCGACCUGGUUGAUGAGACUGUAGAGGAGGAAGCCAUUCAUCAAGAGGAUGUAAACCUGCCAGAAACCAACACCCCCGAAAACCUUGCCCAUACCGAGCUUUCAGAAGACGACUGCGCUGAAGACUACUACGCGCAAGGUCAGGCUACCCCUACCUCAGACGACGCUUUUCCAGAAGAUACCCUCGAAACUGAAGACGGUGCCUCAUAUGACGAGGCUCGUUCUUCACAUGCUGAAUCGUUUGAUGACGAGUUUCCCGAGGAGGCGGAGACAUCAUAUGAGAACGCCUCUGACGGCAAGGAGGGAUUAUUGGGGCAAGACGCUGAUGAAUUCACCCCUGCUGCCUCGGAUGACGAGCAAGUUGUGGAUGAAGAUGGCGCCGAGAUGAUACCUGAAGACCAAGAAGAGGAUCUUCCAGUGGAAGACUGCCCCGCUGACGAAGAUCAAGUCCAAUACGGAGAGGAGGAGGCCCUUGCUGUGGAAGAUGAUGAUUGUCCUCUGGAAGAUGCCGAUGAAGCAAUCGAGGCUGAUCGCUCAUUCGAAAACAGUUCUGUCGACGGAGGGUUCACGUCCCAGGAUUUGACUCCUGUUGAGAGCCCCAUUCGUGACGAGUUCGCAGAGGAUCGAGUUCAGUCUGACGGUGAAUAUCUCGAUGAGGACGCUUCUCAGUCCGUUGAGGAGGCUGUUGCCGGCCAAGAAGUCGACUAUUCCUCUGAAACCCAGGAUUUCACUCAUGAAGAGGCACCUGUUGAUGAAGCCCUCUACGAUGAAGAUGCCCAAGACAAUCCCCCGGACAACGAUAAUUUCGUCGACGAAGAUGGCUACGCAUCUGAAGUACCUCCCGCUGAAGACGAGAUUUGCAAUGAAGAGUACCAAUCCAGCGACCAGGAAUACUUCGAAAAAGAUGCCGGGUUUACUGCUGACGAUCAAUACGACGAGGAGCCUGCUCCGGAAGAUGAUGAAUACCCCGAAGAUGACCAGCAGCAAUUCACCAAUGGCGAGGAAGAAGUCAACACCGAGGCCCUUGACCACGAUGCUCCGCCAUACGACGAAGAUCUCCCCCUUCAGGAAAAUGAGUAUCAGCCGGAGGAAGAGGACUUAAUCGACGGGGAGCGCUCUCUACCUGAGGAUUUUGUCGAAGAAGCUGACGGUGAAGGUUUCGUUGAUCACGACGACUCGGAGCAUUACGACGAAGAAAUUCCUGUUGGAGGCCAAGAAUACGAAGAAGACCCCGCCUACGAAGAGGAAGAGUAUCUGUCUCAAAACGGCGACAACCAGUUUGACGAAGUGGAACCUGUCGAGGACGGCGAGUACGCUGAGGAUGACGCUCAGUAUCAGGAGGAAGCACCCGUCGAUGACGGCGAAUAUGCCGGAGAAGACAACGCCCAGUACGAUGAAGAGGCUCCUUUGGAAGAUGGCGAGUACACCCCACAAAAUGACGAAUUUGUUGACGGUCAACGCUCGCUUGAUGAUGAGGUCUUUGAGGGCGAUGGCAUCCCUGUUGAUGAUCAGCCACUUGAGGACAGGGAGGAUGAGUACUACGACGACGAGCACGCUAUUGACGAGGAGGCUUUUGACGAGGAGCCCCUUGAAGAAGAAUCCCUUGACGAGGAGCCGACUGACCAAGAACACCUUGAUGAAGAGCCGAUUGACAAAGAGCUGCUUGACGAAGAGCCCGUUAACGACGAACAGGUCGACGAAGAGGGCUUCGAGGAAGAAGUCUCUGAAGAAGUUGCUCACGAAGACGAAGCUCAGCCUGAAGAACCUCGAAUGACCGAAGAAGAGCUCCGUGAACUUGAGGAAGCCUUUGACGCCGACUUUCUCAACACCAUCUCUGGUGACUUGGGUGUUCUCGAGAUCCCUACCGCUGACGAUCACAUCACCUUUGAGGAGCUUCGCAAUCAGAAAUGUGCAGAGCCAGAAGGAGAUGGAGAGCUUGAUCCCGAAGCUGAGGAGGUCUUUAUGUGCGAAGCCGACCUCGAAGAGCAACAAGACUUCGACGGCCAGGAAGAGUUUGAGGGUCAAGACGAGGAGGAGCACGAAAGCCAAGACAACUUUGAUGAACAAGAAGACUUGGAAGGCCAAGAGGAUCUCGACGGCGACGGCGAGCGCUCCCUGGAUAUUGAAGAUGAGCAGGAAUAUCUUGAAGAUCAAGAACACUUUGGCGACCAGGGUGAACUUGAUGGGAAUGAAGACCUCGAUCAGCAAGAGGACUUUGACAACCAAGAUGAGUACCAAGACCAGGAAGAGCCCCAAGACGAUCAGCAGUUCGACGACGAUGGCGAGCGUGGGUUGGAUCUUCAGGAGGACCAAGAAGACUUCGACCGUCAGCAAGAUUAUGACGACCAACCGGAAUUUGAUGGCCAAGAGGACGUUGAAGGUCAGGAGGAACUCGACGCACAACCAGAAUUCAACGACCAGGAAGAGGACUUUGAAGGCCAAGAAGAAUACCAAGGCGAAGAUGGCGAACGCAAUGUCUUCCUCGAAGCCGAGGAAGGACAAGACCUGUUUGAAGAAGACCAAGAAGGUGAAUACCUCUCCGGUCAAGACGAAGCUGCUGAGUUCGAAGACGACUUCAAUGAGGACGAGCUUGUCUCUGAGUUGCUCGACGAAGAAGAUGACGACGACCUCUUCACCGUCUACGAUGACGACGAGGAAAAGUUUGCUGUUGAGAAGAAUAUGUAUGCUAUUCUUGAUACUCCUGCUGCGGCGAUGUAUGGUCCGCCUGGUAUGACUCACGACCUUGGCUGGGAUGAGGAUGAGGAUGAGGAGGAGUAUGAGGAGGGAGAGGAGGGAGAGGAGGUGUACGGGGAGGGAGAGGAGAUGUAUGGGGAGGAAGAGGAGGUGUAUGUUGAGGGUGAGCCGUUGGAAGAACCAGAGUAUCUCGAGGAUGGUGAGGGUGAAGUUGAAGAGGGGGAAUUCCUUGACGAGGAAGAUGGUGAGCGGGAGCUUGAUGAGGACGAGAUUGCAGUGGACGAGGAGGAGUAUGUUGAGGAGGGUGAAGAGGAGGAGCUCUCUGAAGAAGAGUACCUCGAAGGCGAGGAAGAGUACGCUGAAGAGGAAGGCUUUGAAGGGGAGGAGCAAGGUGAGGGCUAUGAUGACGAGCAUGGCGAGCGCGGCUUGGAUGAGGAGAUGGAAGAAGGUGAGUUUGCCGAGGAGGGUGAGCACAUGGAGGGUGAGGAGGAAGGUGAGUAUGCUGAAGGUGAAGAAGAAGGUGGGUACGUGGAAGGCGAGGAGGGUGAAUAUGAGGAAGGUGAAGAGGGCGAGGGCGAAUUUGAUCCAGAAAUGGACGGUGAGUUUGAGGAUGGUGAGCGUGGUUUGGAUGAUGACGAGUUUAUGGACGACGAGGGAGAGUAUGUUGAGGAGGGAGAAUUUGAAGGUGAAGGUGCAGAGUUUGCCGAAGGCGAGGAAUUUGGCGAAGAAGGAGAGUUUGCUGAGGAGGGUGAAUUUGGUGAGGAGGGCGACUUUGAAGACGGUGAGCGGGGUCUGGACGAGGACUUCGAUGGCGAGGGUGCGGAAGGGGAACAAGAGAUUGCCGAAGGUGAGUACCAGGAAGACGGUGAGCUCGCCAAUAGUGAGGAAUUCGGGGAUGGAUUCGCAGAUGGCGAGGCUGCUGAGGGUGAAUAUGCUGAGGGUGAAUAUGCUGAGGAUGGUUUGAUGGAAGAAGACUUCGCCGAGGAUGGCGAGCGUGAUGAGUUCGACGAAGAGAUGGGGGAGGUUGUGGGCGAAGAGCUUGGAGAAGGCGACGAAUAUGCUGAGGAGAUGGGUGAUGAGUUUGGCGAAGAGGGCGAUCGGGGCGAAGACAUGGAGUUUGGAGAGGAGGAAGAGGAAGCCCCAUUCGGGGAGGAAGCCCCAUUUGAGGAGGAACCUCCAUUUGAGGAGGAGCCUCUAUUUGAGGAAGAGCCUCCAUUUGAGGAAGAACCUGUGUUUGAGGAGGAGGCUCCAGUGGAGGAGGAAGUAUAUGAGGAGGAGCAGAUCAUGGAAGAGGGGUUUGACGAAGACCCAGCUCCCAUGGACGAGGAGUAUCUGGAUGACCAGGGCCCAGUUGAAGAGUUUGGUGAACCAGAAGAAGCCAUGUACGAGGAUGCCACUCAGGACGAAAUGUAUGACGAAGGCGACCGCACCUUGGAACCCAUGGAUACCGGUUUUGAAGACGGUUACAGGCCAGAGCCCGCGGACGAACCAGCAUUGGAAGAGCCCUCAUACGACCCGGAGUCCGCCUACCAGCCGGAGCCUGAGCCAGCCUAUGAGCCGGAGCCUGAGCCGGAGCCGGAGCCUGAACCAGCAUAUGAGCCCGAGCCAGAACCAGCGUAUGAGCCCGAGUCCGAACCAGCAUAUGAACCCGAACCUGAACCAGCAAUUGAGGCUGAGUUUGACCGUACCUUCGAAGCAGAGCCUGAACCUGAAGAAGUCUAUGAGCCUGAACCGGAGUCGGUAUAUGAACCGGAGCCAGAGCCUGAGGUGUAUGUAGAGGAGGAGAUUGGUGACUAUGAGCCAGAACUGGAACCAGAACCAGAGUUUGAACCCGAACAGCCCAUGGAAGAGAAGUUUGUCGAUGCUGAAGGCGAAGCAUUUGCGGAAGACGUUGACUUCGUGCAAGAGGAUGAUGUGGUAUUCGACGAGGGCUUUCAAGAUGAGGAGCCAGUCGAAGAAGCAUUUGAAGAGCCAGCUGCGGAGUUCUAUGAGGAGCCAGCUGAGGAGUUUUACGAAGAACCAGUAGACGAGUUUGACGAGGAACCGGCUGAGGAGGUGUACGAAGAACCGGCUGAGGAGGUGUAUGAAGAACCCCUUGUUGAAGAGGCGUAUGAAGAACCAGUUGAGGAGGUUUACGAAGAGCCAGUGGAGGAGGUGUACGAAGAGCCGGUUGUUGAAGAGGUGUACGAAGAACCCGUUGCUGAAGAGGUGUAUGAGCAGCCUGCUGCAGAGGAGCCUGUUACAGAGGAGCUUGCUGCAGAAGAUGCGUAUGAUAAGCCUCUUCAAGAGGAGUUUGGAGAGCCAAUUCAGGAGGUAUAUGAGGAACAGGGGCCAGAGGUGUACGGGGAGUUGAAUGAGGAGCCUGUUCAAGAUCUAUAUGAAGAGCCGGCUCAGGAUGUGUAUGAGGAGCUGGCCGAGGAAGCCUACGAGGGGCCGAUUCAGCAGGAGAAUGAGGAGCCGGCGCAGGACUUGUAUGAGGAGCCAAGUGAGGGGGUAUACGAGCAGCCUGAUGGGGAGGCAUAUGAGGAGCAUAUUUCACAGCCCAUUGAAGAGGUUGCUGACGAACCUGCCUAUGAUGAUUCUUCCGCGGAGGUUUACGAGGAGCUAGCAUCUCAAGAUGAAGACGGUGAGCCGACAUACGAUGAGCCAUCUCACCACGAACCAGCAUAUGAGGAGCCAGCUUCCGAGGAAGAGAUUGUCCAAGCAAACGAGCAAGCCGCUGCAGAAGUAUACCAGGAACAGACCUACGAAGAACCAGACAAUGAACCAGCAGUCGAGCAGGUAUCGGAACAGUACGUUGAAGGCCAAAUAUGCAACGAAGCGACAGAUGAAUAUAUCCAUGAGGACCUCGAAGAGCAACAGCAAGAUGCGACAUACGACGAACCAGCCCAAGAGGAUUUCGAUGAGCCAGUUGCCCUAGAUUCCCAAGAGGAGUAUCAGAAUAUGGUCCAAGAGCCAAAUCAGGAACAUGGCCAAGUCCCAGUGGAACAAAGCUACGAGGAGCCAGGGCAAGACCUGUAUUCUGGACAAGGCUGGGGAGGUGAUCUGACAGAAGACGAAGCCCCAUACACUGACGAGCAGCCCGAAUAUCAUGAAGAACUUCAUUCUCAACCAGAGGAUGACGUUCUGCCCGUCCACCCCGAGCCCACGCCGUCUUAUCAAGGGCCAAUUGAAGAUCUCUCGCCUCCCCCAUCCCCACCGCUAAACCAACCACAGCUGGAACCCGAGACCCGGGAGGAUGAGAGCGAGACGAUCAUCGUUUAUUCUGAUGAAGAGGUGGUCUAUCCCGUGCCACAAGAGAUUCAUCAGGAGACCUCUGGAGAGCCCCAUCACACAGACGAGCAGUUCCCUCGCCCAAUCACCCCAAAUGAAGACGCCUACGGAUCCAAUGCACUCUCUCCAUCCUUCAACAACCAUCUGAAGAGCCCUGCAGUUGCUUCUAACUGGGGACGUGACUCGCAGCUACUAUCUCCAAGACCGCUCACCCCGCCACCCGAAGAUAUGCAACAAGAUGUCGAGUAUGUCUCGAGCCCAGUGCCUGGAUGGGAUGCAAGCCAACACAGACCCGUGACGCCGCCUGAUGACCCUCACGAUCACGAGAUGCUCUCACCUCUUACCUUUCAGCAAAGCCCACUGGUCGAUAGUCGAUUCACUUCCACCGAGCACUAUCACCAGGAACAGGAUAUCGAGGAAAAAGAUGAUGCUUACGACCAUACGGGCUGGGCUGGUGAGAACGCAAUGACUUCGCCACAAACCCCUGCGGAGGUUGACCACAUAUACCCUGCUGCUUGGCCUAGACCACCAAAGUUUCCCGUUCAACAAAGCACCCGUGGAUUUGCCGCACCCCCCAGUCCGAUGGAAAGCGCUCAGUCCCCCGCAGUUGAUACUAACACUUACUUGUCGGAGCCUGAUUCCAUGAGCGACGAUCGACGAUUCUCGGAACCUGAGUUUGAGAUCAUAAAUGCGGAUACCAGAAAUCUCGACACAUACGCCCCGGUUGAGCGUUCUCCAGUCUCCCACCAAAUGCCACCUCAGUCACCACAACGUGUUUCCAAGGAUUAUUCUGCCCGUCAAACAUCAGUGUCUCCGGUGCGAGUGGAAUCGGUGGAUUACCAAGUUCCUCAUGAUCGGCCAUCCAUAAAAGAGUACAUGCAAGAUGAAACACCAAGCCCAUACGAAGAUUACACCUAUGUCCAACCAGAGCAGAUUGCGGAGGAGGGCUACGACCAACAGCAGCCAGAGUAUCAUAGCUAUACAUCAUCACCCGCCAUUAUCGUGCAGGAGGAGAGAGUUGUCGAGCAACAACAAUAUCAACCUCCCCCUCCACCUCCACCUCCAAGCCGCCCACUGAGUCUCUUUCCCAAGCAAACGCACCCAACGGAGCAACAGACUCGAAGUGCCAACCCAGGGCUAAGAUCCAACAGUCAGGACGCAUAUCAGGCCAACGAACCAAUGCAGCUGAACAGUGUCUCGGAUAACAACACUCAAGACGCGGCAACAGCCAAUGUCACUGCUAAGCACGGCGGCAACACCCAAAGGUACUUAUGGCUGCUUCCUCUCAUGGCUACAGCAACGCUUGGAUUUGGCAUGGAAUCACUCGAGGAGCAGUAUCAUACCUCCACCGGCAAAUCAUCUGGGUGGACAUUUAAGGGUCUCUUUGGAUUUGGCAAGCAAAAGCAGAGUACCACAGAAACGCCCGGGAGCAGCGGCAACUCUCCGAUUGUCAAGCAGACGGAGCAAUCUCGGCCAGUUUCUCAACCGACGCCUCCCAACGCGACAAGUUCUCGCGGACUGAAUGUUGUGCAAAACAACACUUCACGGACACCUAGCCUAGUGCCUCAGCCGACCAACGAGCGGAACGUUGCCAACGACACCAACGUUGAGGAACCUGCGCUGAAGAAGAAGGGCUUCUUCGCAUGGUUCGGCCGACGCGACAAGACUGUGGUCACCGAUGUUGAAGCCCCCAGUCCGAUCCCUCAAGAGUCAUACGAAAUGCAGAACACUCGCCAGGCCCGCGCCCUGGAGCCUACACGACAAAGCGCCAACUUCGGCAACAUGGCAACAGUCGGGCGUGGCCCACAGAAUUUCCAGUCGCCUCAGAUGAUGGCAGCCGAACGGCCUCCCGCCGACAAGGUUGACGAAGCACCUAAAAAGCGAGGAUUCUGGGCCCGGUUAUUUGGCAAGAAGUCUCAACUACAAAAGCAUUCACCACGAGCCAGCCCGCGCGAGGCCGUCUCGGGUGGUUCACCUAAUAUCGACGCUCAGCAACCGGAGAAAAGGAAGGGCUUCUGGGCCAGACUGUUCUCUCGUUCCAAGAAAAAGACCCAGUCUACCGACGACAUCGAAAUGGGCAAGAUGAACACCCGGGACGACCAAAUAGCCCGUGUGGGUCGUGUCAAGUCUGGCAGCCCGCAACUCAUGCAAGGUCCAAACAGACGCACUUCCGCGGUUGGGGCCAUUGUUGGACCUAAUGCUCGCCAGCAGCAGACACCUCAGCAAUGGCAACAGACCAUACCUGAAUACAACGAAGCUGAGUUUGCCGAGCCACCCAAACCUAAGAAGAAGAGGGGCUUGUUCACUCGUUCAAGAGCGAAGAAAGCAGCUACUGUCAAGAACAAAAACAAGGACAAAGGAAAGGGGAAGGCAGCGCAGAAAACUGACCGAGAGUGGGAAGACAUCGACGAGCAGAGACAUGAGAUGACUCCCCGUCCACCAACUCAACCCAAGCCUGCUAGAGUAAAGAAGUAUGGAGCGGUUGUGGGUAACAGUGGGGGACUUGCGCAGCAGCAUGUCACUGGUCCGAGACAGAAGGAGAGAGGGAGGGCUAGGACGGGCGCGGCGGCUAUUAAUCCGAAAAACUGGUUUUGGAUGGAUGUUUACUGGAAGUAA